CUAGGCUGAUGAUGACUACAUUUAUAAAAAGCAGUCUUAUUUCUACAUGUCCCAUAUAGACUUCAGUUUACAUGCAGUUUGUUAGUUUAAAUGUUGAACAUGUGCAAUUAACAUUGUUUGUGUUUGAAUUGGUUUAAAUCAUUUUGAUUCUUUGAGGUAAAUCAACUAUGGCUGAUAGACUAAAAAUAUUGCAUGGCCACCUAAUAGCUGGUUGCAACCAACUAUCUGCCUCUGCUGGAGUUUCUACCUCUUCUGCUUUCAAGUACACAGUUGACAAUUCUAAGCUCACCAAUGAGCAACGAAAGUUUUAUGAAGAAAAUGGUUUUCUUGUUAUCAAGAAAUUAGUCAGUCCCGAAAAGCUUAAAAAAUUAAGCGACAGAUUUGCUGAUAUUUGUAAACGAGAAGUGAUCGUCCCUGGGAUGACCAUCAUGCGAGACGUAGCAAUCAAAGACUCAGAGUUUGUGCCUGGUGAACAGGCAGUGACCAAGAUCCAAGACUUUCAGCAGGAUGAUGUCAUGUUUGAAUACUGUGCCUUACCUGAGGUGGUAGAGUAUGUGGAGAGCUUCACUGGCCCAGAUGUAGUUGCCAUGCACACCAUGCUAAUCAACAAACCCCCAGAUUCUGGCCUGUUGACAUCAAGGCACCCACUGCAUCAAGAUUUGUAUUACUUCCCCUUCAGACCUGCUGAACGGAUUGUCUGCUCUUGGACAGCUAUGCAAAAGAUAAACAGAGAAAAUGGUUGUUUGGUUGUUGUGUCUGGUACACAUACAGGAGAACUCUUGGUGCAUGAAUAUCCUAAAUGGGAGGGAGGUGUGAACAAAAUGUAUUAUGGCAUCCAGAACUACAAUCCCAAUCAGCCAAUACUGUAUCUUGAAAUGGAAGAGGGUGACACCAUAUUCUUCCACCCUCUUCUUAUUCACGGUUCAGGAGCAAACAGAUCCAAGGGCUUCAGAAAGUCUAUUUCCUGUCACUAUGCAAGUGGAAAAGUUCACUAUGUUGGAACAGUAUCUCAAGUGUUAGUUGAUGAAUACAUGAAGGUGGUGCGACGCAAGUUUGGACCAGAUGUAAAGAUGACAUACAUGGAUUUUUGGAAACACAAGAGCAGAACAAUAAAGGGAGAUAACCAACUCAACCUUUCUUAAAUAACCUAGCUUGGAAGUAAUAUCUUAAUACUGGUUCUUGCAAUAUAUCUGAAUAAUAUAUGCAGAUUUAUUUUGUCCUCAUUCAUAAAUUCUGAUGUUACAAUACGCUAUGUUUGUUUUUUUUUAUAUUAAAAAAGUAUUAGUUUUUAUUGAUUUUUCUUUAUUAACUGCAAUUGGAAACAAUUUUUAGAUAGUGCUCAAUAUAUUUGUAAACUAGAAGAAAAUGUGUAUCUACCUUUUGAUGUAAAAUAAGUUGUGUUGUUU